AUGCAAUUACUUACGUUCCUCACGCUUCUUCUACCAGCUUUCAUUGAGCUCAGCUCCGCACUUGUUCUAUCCCCAGAAUCGUACAACUAUGAUAUUUCUGGAUCUGAUGGACUACAUACCGAGAAACUUAAGUCCUUGAAAGGAAUCAAGAAAAUUCUCAAAAAAUCAUCCAUCAUCCCUGAUGUCCUCGAUCCCUUUAUCCCCGCUUGUUAUAUUCUUCCCUCUUAUACCCCCUCUUCUUCCUCGUCUUCCUCAAAGAAAGUAAAACUAGGCAAUAAACUCCGCCCCUCGCAGACUCAAUCCGCGCCCUCGAUCCAAGUUUUCUGUCCUGGAAAAUAUCAUGUUCGGGGCGGUUUGACAAUCAUUCUUACAGAUCCAGAUGCACCGUCGAGGGAUGAUGAUAGCAUGUCUGAGAUGUGUCAUUGGAUUGCUAGGAUUCCUGAGGCUGUAGUUGGGAGGGAAGGAGUUAGUGGAGAGUGGAGUGGGAGUGAGUUGGAGGACGUGGGAGUUGUGGAUUAUAAAGCACCAGCGCCACCAAAAGGAACGGGAAAACAUAGAUAUGUAUUUGUGUUACUCGAGGGUGAUAAUCUGGAUUUAGAGGAACCGGAGGAGAGGAAACAUUGGGGCUUCGAUGAACCGGGGAGUGGGAUUAGAGAAUGGGCUGGAAGAGAAAAUCUGACGGUUGUGGGAGCGAAUUUUCUUUAUGAAAAGUAUCAUGGUGAGGGAAAGGAGAGUAAGUUCAAUACACAAAGAUGGUUUUGA